UGGGACCGGAGAGGUUGAGGAGUCAGGUGAUGAGGAUAAAAUAUGGGACGAAAUAAUCUAUAAGGAUAAGGAGAUGGACGAGAGGGAAGGAUACUACAUGGAGGGAGCAUUUAAUGAAACGAACGCCCAGGGUGAACAAGAAUUAGACCUACCGGGACCUGCAGUGUACUUAUCUCAGGUGGAGAAGUUCCUUACUAAAACUGAGGAAGAUCAAAAAGAGGAAGAGACCGUAGAAGAUAAGAUAAGAGAAAUGGAGUUUGAUAAAAAAUUAGAGGAAGAACAAAUAGAGUAG